CCCGCGCGCGGCAAGUGUUUCUGUCGGGCAUUUGACGCAAUGGCUUUACGCUCACAACUCCUGCGCAUCGUAAACAAUGGACACCAAAUACGCCACUUUCACGAGUUGAAUUCAAAAGAGCGCGCAGGAGUGGAAAAACUUCGUGAUGUGUUAGGAGAUAGACUGAAAGAGAUCAAACGAGCAAAAACGUGGAAGCAUGAACGCAUCAUUACCUCUCCCCAAGACAGAACGGUGACAGUUAAAGGUGCUGAAGGAGAAUUCCUCAACUUCUGCGCAAAUAAUUACUUAGGUUUAUCGAAUCACCCUGAAGUGGUAACAGCUGCUCAAGAAAGUUUGACCAAGUAUGGAGCUGGCCUUAGUUCAGUGCGGUUUAUUUGUGGAACGCAAAGUUUACAUAAGAAAUUAGAGGAUCGUUUGACUAAAUUCCAUCAACGCGAAGACACGAUCUUGUAUGGCUCAUGUUUUGAUGCAAAUGCUGGGUUAUUUGAGGCCAUGUUAACGCCCGAAGAUGCUGUAUUUUCGGAUGCCUUGAACCAUGCCUCUAUUAUCGACGGCAUUCGACUUUGUAAAGCCCAGAAGUUCCGGUACCCACAUCGGGAUCUGAGUGAAUUGGAACAUUUGCUCGCACACUCUGAAGCUCGUAUAAAACUGAUAGUGACUGAUGGAGUGUUUUCGAUGGACGGUAACGUGGCACCGGUAAAGGGUCUGAGGGCUUUGGCAGACCGGUACCGAGCCCUCUUAGCAAUUGAUGAUAGUCAUGCUACGGGAUUCUUUGGAGACACUGGCAGGGGUACAGAAGAGUUCUGUGGUCUUAUGGGAGCAGCUGACAUUAUCUGUUCAACCUUGGGCAAGGCGGUGAGUGGAGCUGCGGGGGGCUACACUACCGGUCCUAAGGAACUCAUCACUUUACUUCGAAAUGUCUCGAGACCAUAUCUGUUCUCCAAUGCACCACCGCCACCUGUCGUCGGUGCUUCUUUGAAGGCCCUUGACGUAGUAGAACGCAGCAACGAACUCCGUGAGCGGCUGCAUCAGAACACCAAGGCGUUCCGUGAGGGUAUGCAAGCUGUGGGUCUGACUGUAGCUGGUGACGACCAUCCCAUCUGCCCCGUUAUGGUUGGAGAAGCUUCGUUGGCUGUAGAGCUUGCUUCUGGGAUGCUAGUUAAAGGUGUCUACGUGGUGGCAUUCAGUUACCCAGUAGUACCGAAAGGGCAGGCACGAGUACGGGUGCAAAUAAGCGCUGCUCACACUGAAGAAGACAUUAAAAAGGCAGUUAACGCAUUCGCGGAGGUCGGAACUAAAAUCGGGCUUAUCAAGAAAUAAUUGCAUUCAAGACUGGAUCCACUGCUUUAAGGGUCAACUUAUGUACCCUAAACGUAAUGCGAAAGACAACAAAUUGUUGAAAGUAUUACUAAGUUUGAAUUAUGUAAAACACAAACAAAUGCUUAAAAACUAUGUUAGAGCAGUAUUUCUAGAAUGAGCGAGAAUUUAUAUUAUUCUGGUAAAUGUGUAACUUUGGAGGGUAUUUUGUUUGUAUUAUUCAUUCCGUUAAUCGUUAAUGUAAAUUGAGCCUCAUGUAUCAAAUGCUAAUUCUAAUGUUCUAGAUACUGAAGUAAAAUGAUCCGUCGAAAAUACAAUUGUUAUUUGAUCUAAUAGUGUAAUCAAAAAACAUGUUAACCGGUUUCUAUUAGAUCUGUUACAUGUCUGGGCAAAACAGAUAAAGCCCAGGCCAGAACUCUUCUCUUUCUCUCAGCAGAGCACACCUGUUAAACAUUAGAAAAAUUCAAAAACUACGUCAAAAUACGUCAGGGUCUUGUCUUGACACUGACACGACAUCAGUCCUGUAUGUCAAAAUUCAUUUUUGACGUGCUAGAGUCGAAGGUGACGACCGUAUGUUAAAAACUGUAAUUGGAUUUGACAUCACACACGGUAGUUGUAAUGAGGGUACUUAGAGCUAAGUCGAAAUGGCUCUUAAGACUUAGAAUUAUAUGUCUUCUAGCCAUGUGCAUGCGAAUUUUAUUUCGACGCUUAAAAAGUGUUGCCAUUUUGGCAACGCAAUCCAGAUGAAAAUCUUUUUUCAAAAUUAUCAUUGUUUUAACACGCAUAACUACAGAGAUACUUAACUGCCUAAUUAAAAUGCUAUGUAAAUAAACGUUAUUUUUA